AAAUGCAAAAUAAAAUGUAAUGACGAAGUUCCGCUUCCUCGUGCACUUUGCAGAGCAUCUGUAAACUGGUUGCUGCCUUCUGCUGGAGAAAACUGCAAGUUCUAACUUCUCUUUCUACAUCACAGAAACACAUGUACGCUCAUCCUCAGUGCCUGGACUUCGAGCCUCCGUUCAAACCUCCGUGGCACCUGGAGUUCUGCACGCAGUAUGAGGAGUUUGGCUGCUGUGACCAGAAGACGGACAACACGAUCGCGGAGAGAUACUGGGACAUCAUAGACCAGCUGGAGGUGUCGGGUUAUGAGCUUUGUGCAGACAUGUUGAAGGAAAUCAUGUGUCAGGAGUGCUCUCCAUACGCCGCCCACCUCUAUGAUGCUGAGGAUCCUUACACACCUGUCAGAGAGCUACCUGGCCUCUGCUCCGGCUACUGCUCUGAGUUUCAUGGCAAAUGUCGCCAUCUUGUUAAAUAUCUAACUGAGAACCAGCUGCUGAGGGACACCUCAGAGCGAGAUGCGUCUACGUUCUGCAGCUUGGUCGACUUAUCCGACCAGGACUACUGCUACCCCAACGUUUUAAAGAGCACUGACCUCAACAGCAACCUGGGACAGGUGGUGCAGGACCCCAGAGGGUGUUACCAGCUGUGCCUGAUGGAGGUCGCUAACAAUCUCAGGAACCCUGUUUUGAUGCUGCACAGUGGCGAUGAAACACACCGCAUGUUUAUCGCUGAGCAGGUGGGCUUCGUUUGGGUUUACCUGCGUGACGGGAGCCGGCUGGAGCAGCCUUUCCUGGACAUGAGCGGGGAGGUGAUGACCACGCCCUGGCUGGGGGAUGAGCGAGGCUUCCUGGGGAUGGCCUUCCACCCAAAGUACCGGGACAACGGACGGUUCUUUAUCUACUACUCGAUCCAGGUCAACAAUAAGGUGGAGAAAGUCAGAAUCAGCGAGAUGAAGGUGUCGGCCUACGACAUGAACAUUGCUGAUCCUUACUCAGAGAAGGUCAUUCUGGAGAUCGAGGAGCCAGCUGCUAAUCAUAACGGAGGACAGGUGCUGUUCGGCCUCGAUGGAUAUUUGUACAUCUUCACUGGUGAUGGUGGAAAAGCUGGGGAUCCAUUUGGGAAGUACGGGAACUCUCAAAACAAGAGUGCUCUGCUGGGAAAGGUCAUUCGUAUUGAUAUAGAUGGAAGUGACUCCAGUGGGAUGCCUUACAGGAUCCCCCCUGAUAACCCGUUCUUGGGUGACCCGGAUGCCCGUCCAGAGGUUUACGCAUACGGUGUUAGAAACAUGUGGCGCUGCUCUGUGGACCGUGGGGACCAGGUCAGCCGAUACGGCAGAGGCCGGAUAUUCUGUGGGGACGUCGGUCAGAACCGCUACGAGGAAAUCGACAUUAUCGAGAGAGGAGGAAACUACGGAUGGAGAGCCAAGGAGGGUUUCGAGUGCUAUGACAUGAAACUGUGCCACAACUCUUCCUUGAAUGACAUCCUCCCAAUAUUUGCAUACAGCCAUCAUGUUGGGAAGUCUGUGACAGGCGGGUAUGUGUACAGAGGGUGUGAAUCACCAAAUCUGAACGGCCUGUACAUUUUUGGAGACUUUAUGAGCGGACGCAUCAUGGCGUUAGAGGAGGAUAAGACGACAGGCAGCUGGAAGGAGAGGAGCGUCUGUAUGGGUGAGACAAAGACGUGCUCUUUCCCCGGACUCAUCAACCAUCACCACAAGUUCAUCAUCUCGUUCGCUGAAGAUGAAGCAGGGGAACUGUACUUUUUGGCGACGGCGUACCCGAGCGCAUCGUCUCCUUUUGGAACUGUUUUCAAAUUCAUGGAUCCCUCCAGGAGAGCUCCUCCGGGGAAAUGUAAGCAGAAGCCGCUGCCUGUCAAAGUGAGAGGAAAAAAGGUUCCUUUUGUGCCCAGGGAGUUGACUGUGCUGGACACCAAUGAAAAACCCACAAGACCACCACCAAGGAAAUUCAAACUACCCACCAAACCACCGGUGACCAGCAGCCAGAUUAAACCUACGACGCCCCAAACAACUGUGGCAACAACGACGAAUACGACAAUGAAGCCCAAAUGGAAAUCACUGGAUAAGAACGCAAGGAGGAAAAAUAAGUUGAAACCAUGGAAGAAAAAGAAGGUGCUGAACAAGCCGGCAGCUAACCCACAAAUGAAGAAGAACGCUCUGAAGAAGGGACAAUCAAAGAAGCCCACUGUGGUGAAGCCUGUUAGAGACAAAGUGAAACAGAAAAAUAAUCAAACAUCGACGGAUGAUUUUAAAAGUAAUACUCUGAAAACCCCCGACAAGAUCCAAUCACGUCAGGUUCCUCAGAGGAAGGUGGCACCGAAGACGAACAAGCAAGAGAAAAACAGCAUCAAGUUUAAAGAGUAUAACACCUUCCUGAACAAAACUAAGACCCACCUUAAUGUGAAGAUGAACAGAACUCUGCAGAACAAACUUCAGGGAAAACACUAAAGAUGUAAAAACACUUUGUGACAUUUUUGUUUGUAAUGAUAAAUGUUUUAAAGGAACGGGUCAACAUAUCGGGAAUACGCCUUAGGAUUCGUUCUCAUAAUUACUGAGGGACGUUGCAGAGGUUCUAUGUUAUAGUGGGGUCUCAAGUUCCCAUGGUUCUUAGUUACCAAGAUCCCAACUUCCCUCCUUCAAAUUUUGUCCCCAAACAAUAAUCAGAUUAGAACUGUUUCAAUAUUAUGCCUUGGUCCGGUUCGUACGACACUCAGAAGAGAAGAACCUUUGGGAGCACAUACAUAGAACUGGGCAAUGUUGACCCUUUGAACAAAGGACACAUAAGGUGCAUUUCGACCAAGAGUUCCGGGGUCUUUUAGCUCCCAGAACUACUUUCCCCUGAACUAAAAGGUUCCUGGUCCCCCAUUAUUGUCUGCGUUUCGACCUUGGGCUGAAAUCCCGGGUAGAUUGUGCAAGGCCAGUGUCGUAUGGAGGAAAACAAAUUAUAUUCAAUAAUAUUUUGAAAUCUUAAUAAAAAACUAAACUAGUUUGCAUUCCUAGGAACUCCCUCUGUGUUUCAACCACUGUGUAAACUCCACAAACACUGUUACGUUCAACCAAAAGUCCCAGUACCUUUGAAAAGUACUACCCCCCCCAAGCAGGUGCUUUUCAGGGGGAGAUUAUCUACCCCUGAACUAAAUUUAGACCCUGGUUCCUCCGGUCGAAACGCAUGUAGUUCAAGGGUAAAGUCCCUAGUUCCGGGGUCAAGUUCCUGCAGUGGAAAAACGCCUUUAGACCUUUUCCCAAUUCCCAUUAUUUGGUAAGUAUACCAAAUGGUCCUGGGAACAUGGGCCCUUUGAAAAGCACAUCUGCAGAACCCAGUAAUGGAAAUCUUGUCCUUCCCAGUUUGUGCCUAUAAGAUGUGGAGACCAUUGGACCCUCAGGGAUCACAUAAGUAGAACUGGUUAAAACAGGGCCUUGGGAAAACAGGAACCUAAGUAACCUUUGGAAAUGGUGUCAUAUACAUUUUGGGAACAUAAGAAGAGUACAAAUGUAGAGCUUGAGAAUAUAGGAUCCUUUUCCAUGUGCCUUAUAGGUGCCAAAUGAAUAUGGGGCCAAAGAGAUAAGACCAUAUGUCCAAUAAUAUGCCUAAAAGUCUGGGGACCACAAGAUCCUGGAAGAGCACAUGUGUGGAACUGAGAAACAUAGAACCCUUUAGAAACUUGGGGGCCUUUGACUAUAAGAAACAGGAAACCUAGGACCCUGGGAGAACACAUAUGCAGAAAUCUUGAGCCCCUUUGACGUGUUCCCAUCAGCCUAAAAGAUUGGGGGAUUCAAGGAUCUUUGGAGAGCAUGUGUUGAACGGGGGAAUGUCAGACCCUUUGUCAUGUAACUGUUAUGUUUAAAACAAAGGUAGGGGACUUGGGACUUAGAACCCCGCAUCAGCAUCUUGUGACCCCCACUUUAGGAACCACUUCUUUAAAGCUUACAUGUGUCUUGUUUGUUUAAUCCAGUAUCAGCUAAUCUAACAGGUUGUCCCUAAAAUGUUGACCUAUUCCUUUAAGUUACUAAACACACAAUUGUUGCAUGCAAUCAUCCAUGUAAUGACACAGCUUCCUUUAGAUUUUAUUUUGGACCGUUGUUAAAUCAUCUGGUGUAACUUAAUCACUACCCUCUUUGUAUUGAGAGCGUAUCAAACAGGUCAUAGAAUAGCAGCAAACAGAAAAAAACCCUUGUCACUAUACCAAAGCGCUGCGUUGUUAAAUUGCUCUAACUUUACAAAACAUGACAGUGUUAAAAAUAAACAUAAGAAAGUAUGUCUUUUC